UAUUAGGUAAAUAAUUAUUUACAAAAUUAUGACUACGCCUAACCUGAAGGCUAAUAAUAUUUUAAAUUCCCUUAUAAGGAAUUAUUUCAAAGGAUCAUUAAUAUUUUCUCUACAGCCUGAAGAUGCAGAACUCAUGACAUGGACAAACCAAAGAGCGUUUCUUGAUUCAACAGUUCACAGUGAAUUAUUAAAACGCUACCCAGUUAAAAACGAGUUCUCAAAACUCUUUUUCAAGAAACUGAUCAGUUUUAUUGAACCCUAUCAAGAAGUUCACGACGAUGUUUACGAAUUCUUAUGCUUAUCGAUGAAAAGUGAAAGCUCAGACAUGUUUUGCUACCGUCACUAUGUUAUUGGCCAUAGCCUGGGAAAUAUUAUUACAAUAAAGGAAACUAAUAACAUGGUUGUGAAUGGGACCACUGGGAUGCGAACUUGGGAGGCUGCUCUGAUGCUAGCAGAUUGGGCGCUAUGCAAUGAAGAUAUAUUUUUAAAUAAAAAAGUAUUAGAACUUGGUUCUGGAGUGGGUUUUACUGGGAUCACCAUAGCAAAACAUUGUGGAAUUAAGUCUAUAGUUUUAACUGAUUGUCAUGAUGAUGUGUUUAAGGCAAUAAGGGAAAAUAUUCUUAUUAAUUUUCCUGGUUCCAAUGAUACAAAUAAAAACGAGUUGUCUGAUUCACAGAGGAAUUGUCAGUCAAAUAUAGAUGUCAUGAUGUUGGAUUGGAAUGAUGACAAUGAAAUACCUAGUCACUUGGUGCCAGAUAUUGUAAUUGGAGCAGACAUAGUAUAUGAUCCUUCAAUUCUACAACCACUUUGUAAUGUAUUACGAAAGUUGUUUGACAAGAAUGUUGAAUUAGAAGUAUACAUCGCUAGCGUUAUACGCAAUGAGGACACUUUUAAUGAGUUUCUAAGAACAUUGGAGAAUAAUGAGUUAACGUUUUGUACAAUUUCACUGGAGUGCAGCAAAUUAAUUGAUUGGAACUACAACAGUAAACAGAGGUGUUUAUUAAAAAUAAUAAGAAAUAAAAUCAUUGCACUAUAUUAA